GCAAAGACAAAUAUGCCAUCCAAACCCGAUAAUUACGGGCUUCGCUUUUAUGCUGUAGUGGGGUGGAGCUCGCUGUACGUGCACGCGCUAUGGAACAACUCGUCCGGCAACAACAUGCCGUCCACGCCUGCGGAGCGCUACACGAACCUGUUUCAAACAUUGAGGACACCAUUGUACAACACAUUGCGGGUGGAAGAUGCAUCCAUC